AUGGAGCUUCAGACCAUUCUAACCUUCCUCUCACGAAACCUGAACAGAUGGCCUGAAUUUUUGCUUGCACUUGUCUGUUUUCUGUCCAUCAGAUGGUACCGGAAACACAAGAACGAAAUAUCGCUGCGCUGGCCCAUCCUCGACGUUCUUCCUACUCUGCUCCUGAACGCCCACCGGAUUCACAGUUGGACCGUCGAGAUUGCCAACAAGUUCGGCAGCACAAUUGAGGGAAGAGGACCGGUGUUUGGGCGCUUGGACAUACUCUUCACAUGCGACCCUCGUAACGUGGAGUACAUGCUCAAGACCAACUUCGCCAAUUUUCCCAAAGGCCCCGAGUUGAUCGAGGCCUUCAACAUACUCGGAGAUGGCAUCUUCAACGUCGACUAUGACCUCUGGCGCGAGCAGAGGAGGAUGGCAAACGUCAACUUUGCGUCGAAGGACUUCAGAAACUUCGUAGCCAGAGUUAGCCGGACGGUUGUGGAGGACGGACUCCUCCCCUUGUUGGUGCACGCCGCUAAACAUGAGUCCGUCGUGGAUUUGGAAGAUGUUUUCAUGAGAUUCGCGUUUGAUAACAUGUUCAUGGUCGUCUUCGGGAGAAACUCCAAUCAUCUCUCCGUGAACCUUCCGCCUAACGAACUCGCCGAAGCCAUAGACGACGGAACGGAGGGGGUUUUCUAUCGGCACGUAAUGCCUAAGCUCUGGUGGAAGGUUCUGGGCUGGUUGAAGCUCGGAAGCGAGAAGAAGCUAGCUGACGCUCGGAAAACCAUAGACCGCAUCUUAUCAGAACAGGUUGCGUUGAAGAAGGAAGAAUUGCGUAGAGGAGAACAUGGAAGUGAUUUAAUAACCAUGUACAUCACUGCACUGUCGAAAGGACGACAUAAUAUUAAACAGUUAUCCACUGCCAAGGAUGAUGAUGUUUUCCUCAGAGAUACGGCGUUGAGUUUCCUUUUCGCCGGACGAGAUACAACUGGUACGUCCCUCAGUUGGUUCUUCUGGUUCGUUUCUACAAACCCUCGAGUGGAGGCAAAGAUAUUGGAAGAACUAAACGACGUAAUGUCGAGGAAGAAGAAUGAAAAGAAUGGUAUGAGCAGAGUGGAGGGGCCAUUGGUGUUCGAUCCAGAAGAUUUGAAGGAACUGGUCUACCUGCACGCAGCCUUGUGCGAGUCAUUGAGGUUAUGCCCUCCACUCCCCAUCACACGAAGAGGUGUCGUUAGAAAAGAUGUGCUCCCUGACGGUACAGUCGUGAAGCCAGGAAUGCAGAUUCUGAUUUCAAUGUACGCCAUGGGAAGGAUGGACUACGUAUGGGGUAAGGACUAUGGAGAAUACAAGCCGGAGAGAUGGAUUGAUGCCGACGGGAAACUGAACCAGGAGACCUUGUCGAAGCUGUUCUCCUUCAUAGUUGGGCCAAGGUCUUGCCCAGGGAAGAACAUGGCGUUUACUCAGAUGAAGGCUGCUGCUGCUACUGUACUGUUCAACUUCCAUAUUGAGGUCUUGAACGGCCAUGAUAUCUUCCCAAUGCCAUCAAUGGUUCUGCAUACGAAGAAUGGAUUGGUGGUGAAGGUGACUGAAAGGGUGUAG